AUGGAGGGGGUGUGGAGGAAGGCCAAGCGGGCGCUGGGCGCCAGCCUCUGCGUGCACCUCCCCGCCGUCGCAGGCGACCGCGAGGACGGCGGCGCCAGGGAGCGCCGCGCUUCGGAUGCGCUCUCCCUCGAUUCUACAGCGGCGGCGCACGCAUCGGCGCCCAACACGCCGGCCGCGACGGCCGCGCCGGAGACCGCCGCGCUGCUGCGGAGGUCCAAGUCCGGAGGCAAGUCCUCCAAGAGAAUGUGUGCAAUAUGUUUUGAUUCCAUGAAGCCAGGUCAUGGACAAGCCCUAUUCACUGCUGAAUGUUCUCAUAUGUUUCACUUCCACUGCAUCUCCUCUAGUGUGAAACAUGGAAACCAUGUAUGCCCAGUUUGCCGGGCAAAAUGGAAAGAGAUCCCCUUCAAUCGCUCGUUAUCUUCUAUAGUUCCUCGUGGAAGAGGUGGGCUGAAUGUAAACCAAGCUCGAUUACCCCAGCAAGAUGCCUACAUGGCUCUUCUCCGCCAGGUUCCAAACCGUCAGCGAGAAGGUCCAGUCUUGGUUACUUCUGAGCCAGCAGACUUCAAUGAUGAUGAACCUUUGCAGAAGAUGGAGGCUGCUAAUAUUGGAUCUAGUAGAACUGUGGAAAUUAAGACAUAUUCAGAGUUUUCAGCCAUUCAACAGUCAUCUCAAGAUGACUUUGCUGUUCUGAUCCAUCUGAAAGCCCCAUAUGCUAACCCAGAGCAGGUCACAGGCAGAUCGGUCAAUGCAGCCUCAGUUGGUUAUCCUACAUCCCGUGCCCCUGUUGAUCUUGUUACCGUGCUUGAUGUUAGUGGAAGUAUGGCAGGCACUAAACUGGCACUCUUGAAGCGAGCCAUGGGUUUUGUUAUACAGCAUCUUGGUCCAUCUGAUCGCCUUUCAGUCAUUGCUUUCUCGUCUACUGCCAGAAGGUUGUUUCAUCUCCGACGGAUGUCCCACUCUGGCCGGCAGCAGGCCCUGCAGGCUGUCAACUCACUUGGUGCUAAUGGUGGCACAAACAUUGCUGAUGCGCUGAAGAAAGCUGCUAAGGUUAUUGAGGACCGAAGCCAUCAAAAUCCAGUAUGCAGCAUCAUUCUCUUGUCAGAUGGCCAAGAUACAUACAAUAUUCCAUCAAAUAUUAGGGGUGCCCGGCCAGAUUAUAGUUCACUAGUUCCAUCCUCCAUUCUAAAUCACACAUUUCGCUUAGUGCCAGUGCAUGGGUUUGGUUUUGGAGUAGACCAUGAUUCAGAUGCUUUGCAUUCGAUUGCUGAGGCCUCUGGUGGUACAUUCUCCUUUAUUGAGGAUGAAGGUGUGAUUCAGGAUGCAUUUGCUCAGUGUAUAGGUGGGCUUCUCAGCGUUGUUGUUCAAAAUAUGCAAGUAAAUGUGGAGUGUGUGCAUUCUGGUGUCAAGCUUCGCUGCAUCAAAUCUGGUAGUUACCUGAGUAAGGUGGCUGCACAUGGCCGAAAUGGUUCAAUUGAUGUUGGUCAUCUCUAUGCCGAUGAGGAAAGGGACUUUCUACUGUCGGUGAGCUUACCACAUUGUCGUGAACAGACCACACUUUUGAAAGUUGCCUGUGCCUACAGAGAUUCAUUGACCAAUGAAGACAUCAAAAUUCAAGGUGAUGAGGUAACAGUCUUGAGGCCUAAAUCACCCAUAUCUGAGCCAGUUUGCAUGGAGGUUGACCGUGAGAGGAACCGUGUCCGUGCCGCUGAUGCUAUCGAGGCUGCAAGGGCUGCUGCUGAGAGAGGUGCUCUUUCUGAUGCUGUGUCAAUUCUGGAGGAUUGCCGAAGGAUACUUUCAGAAUCGUUUUCAAGCCGGAGUGGGGACCGCCUGUGCAUGGCCCUUGAUGCAGAGCUGAGGGAAAUGCAAGAGAGGAUGGCUAACCGGCAGCGCUAUGAGGCUUCAGGGCGGGCAUAUCUGCUGUCUGGCCUUAGCUCACAUUCUUGGCAGAGAGCCACUGCACGAGGCGACUCCACUGACAGUGAUACACUUGUUUACUCCUACCAAACACCAUCCAUGGUUCACAUGCUACAGCGCUCACAGAAUCACUGCCCUUCUCCUCAGGGCCCAUCACAGGUCCAACAACCUAGGAUCUUGGUGAAACCCCAUCCAAGGUAG